CCCACACCAUAUAAUCAAUAGCUCAAGACCCAAGAUCGGCACAACCUACAAUGGCUCUCUUCUGCAAUUUCAGCAACUCUCAACUCCAUUACAGAUCUCUCUCCUCUCGAUAUUGUUCAUUCUCCAAAUCCCCAAACUUUAGCAAGAAAAUCUCCGUUUCUUCUUCUUCAUUCUCUCUCAGUUCACUUUCAAUCUCGAAUCAAAACGAAGAUAUCAACAAUAAAGACGACAUUACAGAGUCGAAUGUAUCGAAGAAGAAGAAUAAACUCUCGGAGCAGUCGUCUUGGGAAGCUAAAGACUCGGAGGGUAAAGAUUAUCUCUACCGGCUUGGUAAAGAGGCCGACAACAUGAACAUUGCCGUCGGAGCUAGGGCUGGUGUCAUCGACGACGUCUUCGCUGGCAAUUUUCUCGGUAGAGACUCGGAUAUUGUGUUUGAUUACCGUCAAAAAGUGACCAGGUCGUUCGAGUACCUUCAAGGCGAUUAUUACAUCGCCCCUGUGUUCAUGGAUAAAGUUGUAUGCCACAUUGUGAAGAACUGCAUUGCUCAUCUUCUCAAUACCAAAGUUCCUCUAAUUCUAGGCAUUUGGGGAGGAAAAGGACAAGGGAAAUCAUUUCAAACUGAACUUAUUUUCCAGGUCAUGGGAGUUGAACCUGUGAUUAUGUCAGCUGGGGAAUUGGAAUCAGAAAGAGCUGGAGAACCUGGAAAAUUAAUACGGGAACGGUACAGAAUUGCUUCUCAAGUGGUGCAGAACCAAGGGAAGAUGAGCUGUUUGAUGAUCAAUGAUAUUGAUGCUGGCCUUGGAAGAUUUGGUAACACUCAAAUGACAGUAAACAAUCAAAUUGUUGUUGGGACACUGAUGAAUUUGUCAGAUAAUCCCACAAGAGUUAGUAUUGGGCAAGAGUGGCGUGAAUCAGACGUUACAAACAGGAUUCCUCUAAUUGUCACUGGAAACGAUUUUUCAACAAUCUAUGCUCCUCUGAUUCGUGAUGGAAGGAUGGAAAAAUUUUACUGGCAACCUAACCUUGAAGAUAUCCUAAAUAUUGUCCACAGAAUGUAUGAGAAAGAUGGUAUUUCAAGGGAUGAGGUCGUAAGCAUAGUGAACACAUUUCCUAACCAAGCCUUGGAUUUUUAUGGAGCUCUCAGGUCCAGAACUUAUGAUCGAUCAAUCUUGAAGUGGAUCGAUGAUAUUGGAGGUAUUGAAAAUCUUGGAAAUGGACUUCUCAAGCGAAGAAAGGAUGAAAAACUUCCUGUGUUUACUCUCCCGAAGCAAACACUGGAAGCUUUGUUUGAGUCAGGGUAUUCUCUUCAAAAAGAACAAAAGCUGAUGAUGGAGACCAAACUUUCAAAGGAAUACAUGAAGAACAUAGAUGAUUAGCAAGUAGAAUGCUGUUGCAACAACAUUGCCAUGUCUCCACGUUGGUAACAAGAAUAUUGAUGACUCGCAAGUAGAAUUCUGGUGGCAACACCAUUGCACUCCACAUCGGAUGACUGGUGGUCAAGGCCUUUCCAACAAGCUCUCUCAUCUGUGAUGCUAGCUUUGCUUUUUGAUAAAGGGAUUCUCUUUUCAUGAGGGUGGUUGUUGCACCAGCCCAAAGUCUUGUUGGAUUUUAGGUAUGUGAACCAGUGUAUAAUUUAAUUUAUUUGAAAUUACGAUUGAUGUAUCAACUCGUGACAUCAUAAUAAAGAAGGAUUAACACGAUGGGACAUAAGGUUGUGUUGGAUUUACCAAUAAAAUAUGGUCACUAACACCCCGGAUUGCAGAUUUUGA